GGAGGCGAUAGGCUCGGCUGGGCGAUGGAGAUCCGCAGCGGAACGGAGCGUUCCUGGCUGCCGCUGGUCGGUGCCAUCCCGGCCGGACUGGGAUGGGCGAUCUAAGCGAUCGCAACCCGGCGGAGGAGCCUAAACCUGGAAGAGGGUAGCCCGUCGUCUCCUUAGCCGCCUUGACGAUGUCCUUUGUCGAACGGUGUUGGACAGCAUCCCCCUUUCGGGGAGCGAGGUUUUCGGUGGCCAGCCCCGUAUAGGUUGGUCGUGCGCCUCCCGAGUUCCGAAGCCGGUGGGUUUUUUUUAACCCGCAGAGACCAGUUUAGAUGAGGGAGGUGAUGGGACGUGGUCGUCCGAAAUCCCGGGGUGUUUUUGCGUAACCCACGCCGGGGACACUGCGGGCUUUGCCAGCUCCCAAAGGCGCUAGCGCACGGAGAGGUGGCAGAGGAAGGACGGCCCGAGUCGGGCAGCUCUCUAGCUUCCGUCCAUAUACCUGACCUUGCCUCCUUGGCAUAAACGGCGGGGAAUAAGCGAUCUUUGCAGGCAAGACGGGUUUCCCCCGGGUUUUCUUGGCUCAGGAGGUGAUUCCGAACCGUCGCCCGCUUCCCUCUUGUGUUUUUUUUUUCUCUCUCCCCGCCAGCGCAUCCUUCCCGGGGCUCGAUGGCCAUGAGCUGGCUGGGAGAUGGCGUUACCGCCCGGCGGGAGUGAGGUUGGGCGGGCUCAGCCGCCGCGUCGCCCGCUCUGAGGUCACCGCUCGGCUCGUUCCCGCGUCCCCACCGACGUGACUGCUGAGCCUGAGAACUGCUCCCACCUCGGGCGGAGGACAGCGGGCAUGCCGCGGCUCUUUCUUGCUUUUCUCCUUCCCGAUGGUCCGUGCUUCCGACGAGCUGCUGGCGGCGUCCCUCCGGGCUGGGCAGGGCGCUGAGGGAGUACGGAGGCUGCGUUCCUGAGAAGCCUCCGCCGAAAAAGAAGCUCCCCCCCCCCCCCGGCUGCCUUUGUCUUGGCCGGGAGGAUGUGGGUGAACCCGGAGGAGGUGCUGCUGGCCAAUGCCUUGUGGAUCACGGAGCGGGCCAACCCUUACUUCAUCCUGCAAAAGAGGAAGGGGCACGGAGGAGAUGGAGGCAGCGGAGGGAUCACUGGACUUCUUGUGGGAACUCUUGAUGUUAUGUUAGAUUCAAGUGCAAGGGUAGCACCAUAUCGUAUUCUGUAUCAAGCACCAGAUUCUAUGAUAUACUGGACUAUUGCUUGUGGUUGCUCAAGAAAAGAAAUAACUGAGCAUUGGGAAUGGCUUGAACAGAAUUUACUACAAACGCUUUCUAUCUUUGAAAAUGAAAAUGAUAUAAACACUUUUGUCAGAGGAAAAAUACAGGGUAUCAUCGCAGAGUACAACAAAAUCAAUGGUAUUCGGGAAGAUGAUGACACGGCUAAAUUUAAGGAAGCAACAGUGAAGUUCCAUAAAUUGUUUGGGAUGCCAGAGGAGGAGAAACUUGUGAAUUACUAUUCCUGCAGUUAUUGGAAAGGGAAAGUCCCACGUCAGGGCUGGAUAUAUCUCAGCAUUAACCAUCUAUGUUUCUAUUCUUUUCUCAUGGGUCGAGAAGCUAAACUUGUCAUCCGAUGGGUAGAUAUCACCCAGCUUGAGAAGAAUGCAACUCUGCUGUUACCUGAUGUGAUUAAAAUUAGCACAAGAUCCAGUCAGCAUUUCUUUUCUGUGUUUCUCAAUAUCAGUGAAACAUUUAAACUAAUGGAACAACUUGCUAACAUAGCUAUGAGGCAACUUUUGGACAAUGAAGGCUUUGAGCAGGACAAGUCACUCCCCAGACUUAAGAAGAAAUCUCCUAAAAAAGUAUCUGCCUUAAAACGGGAUCUGGAUGCCAGGGCAAAAAGUGAAAGGUACCGUGCUUUGUUCCGGCUUCCAAAGGAUGAAAAACUAGAUGGACAUACAGAUUGUACUCUGUGGACCCCAUUUAAUAAAAUGCACAUUUUGGGUCAAAUGUUUGUGUCUACAAAUUACAUCUGUUUCAAUAGCAAAGAAGAAAAUCUCUGCAGCCUCAUCAUCCCACUUUGGGAGGUGACGAUUGUUGAAAAGGCGGAUAGCUCAAGCGUUUUACCUAGUCCAUUAUCAAUCAGCACUAAAAACCGAAUGACAUUCCUCUUUGCCAAUUUGAAAGACAGAGACUUUCUAGUGCAGAGAAUUUCUGAUUUCCUCCAGAAAACUACUUCCAAAAUUUAUUCUGAAAGAGAGAUUUCUGGAAGUUACAACAGUUCAGAUGAUGAGGUUUAUUCAAGGGCAAGUAGUGUCCUUUCAUCAAGCCCUCAGAGAAGCCUGAACUCUGAGGUGGAUGGAGACCAGCACUUCAAUUUGAAUGGAAACAGUGUCCCAACUGUAACACAGGCCCUAAUGACUAUGUAUCGUCGGCGUUCUCCAGAGGAAUUCAACCCUAAAUUGGCAAAAGAAUUUUUGAAAGAAGAAGCUUGGAAAAUGCAUUUUGCUGAGUAUGGCCAAGGUAUCUGUAUGUAUCGUACAGAGAAAACAAGAGACCUUGCAUUAAAAGGUAUUCCUGAAAACAUGAGAGGGGAACUCUGGUUGCUCUUGUCAGGAGCAAUUAAUGAAAUGGUUACCCACGCUGGCUAUUAUGAAGACUUGGUGGAGAAAUCUAUGGGGAAAUACAAUCUUGCAACAGAAGAGAUUGAGCGGGAUUUGCAUCGCUCUCUUCCGGAGCAUCCAGCCUUCCAGAAUGAGAUGGGUAUUGCAGCACUGCGGCGAGUCCUAACUGCAUAUGCAUUUAGAAAUCCAAACAUAGGAUACUGCCAGGCCAUGAAUAUUGUUACAUCAGUCCUGCUUUUGUAUGCCAAGGAAGAGGAAGCAUUUUGGUUGUUGGUGGCUUUAUGCGAGCGCAUGCUGCCAGAUUACUACAACACAAGAGUUGUUGGUGCUCUGGUGGAUCAAGGUGUGUUUGAAGAAUUAGCUCGGGAUUAUAUCCCACAACUCUAUGACUGCAUGCAGGAUUUGGGAGUCAUCUCAACCAUCUCUCUUUCAUGGUUCCUCACGCUCUUCCUCAGUGUAAUGCCUUUUGAAAGUGCUGUUGUGGUGGUAGAUUGUUUCUUCUAUGAGGGUAUAAAGGUGAUAUUCCAGUUAGCACUAGCUGUGCUAGAUGCAAAUGUAGAGAAGUUGCUGAACUGUAAAGAUGAUGGUGAAGCUAUGACAGUGUUGGGAAGGUAUUUAGACAGCGUGAGCAAUAAAGACAGCACCUUGCCGCCAAUUCCUCACCUUCAUUCAUUACUGAGUGAUGACAUAGGGCCUUAUCCUGAAGUAGAUAUAUUUAGGCUCAUCAGAACUUCCUAUGAGAAAUUUGGUACCAUUAGAGCAGAUUUGAUUGAACAAAUGAGAUUCAAACAAAGGUUGAAGGUCAUUCAAACCCUAGAAGAUACUACUAAACGAAAUGUGGUACGAACCAUAGUAACUGAAACUUCAUUUACAAUAGAUGAGCUGGAGGAACUUUAUGCCCUUUUCAAGGCAGAACAUCUCACUAGCUGCUAUUGGGGAGGCACCAGCAAUGCUACUGACCGUCAUGAUCCAAGCUUGCCUUAUUUGGAACAGUACCGCAUAGACUAUGAGCAGUUCAAAGGGAUGUUUACUCUUCUCUUUCCUUGGGCAUGUGGAACUCAUUCUAAUGUUCUAGCUGCACGUUUGUUCAGAUUGCUGGAUGAAAACGGAGAUUCCUUAAUUAACUUCCGAGAAUUUGUCUCUGGACUUAGUGCAGCAUGUCAUGGAGACCUUACUGAGAAACUGAAAUUACUUUAUAAAAUGCAUGUUUUGCCAGAUCCGUCUUCUGAUCCCGAAGAGCCAGAUUCAGCAUUUGAAGCAACUCAGUACUUCUUUGAAGACAUUACACCAGAGUGUACACAGGGUAGAAAGAUGUUUGUUGCUGUACAAGGAAGGAACAAACAUGGAGCUGAAGAGGGAUUUGUUAAUGUGAGUUUGAAAACAGAAAAGGUAUGCUGUUCAUUAUCUUUACCAACAUCACGGCUAUUUGGGGAAUUGUAUUUGCACCAUAAUCAGAUAAACAUUACUGUGUUUUGGAUAAUUGAUUGUAAUAGGAAGAAGAAUUCUCAAGAAAAUAAAAAUUGCCUUAAAAUCUGGAAUCAAGAGAAUAAACCCAAAGUCAAAAAUGCAAAGGACUUACCUAAACUAAAUCAGGAGCAAUUUAUUGAACUGUGUAAGACCAUGUAUAACAUGUUCAGUGAAGACCCCAAUGAGCAGGAUCUUUAUCAUGCAACUGCAGCUGUGACAAGUUUGCUUCUAGAGAUUGGUGAAGUUGGUAAACUGUUUAGUGUCCAAUCUAUUAAAGAGGCUGAGAAUACCAGCAAAACCAUUCAGAAUGUGCUGAUUCAGAAGAAAGGGAGCCAGCAGUACCAUCUUGACCGACACAAUCAUUUUCAAAAUGGUUUUCUUGAUGAAGAGGAGAAUAUUUGUGGUGACAGUUCACAAAUGGAGGAUGUUAAACUGGAAGAUUCUUCUCCUAGGGAUAAUGGAGCUGGUUCUUCCAUGUUAAUUUCUGAUGAUGAUACUAAAGAUGACAGCUCCAUGUCUUCAUAUUCUGUCCUGAGCGCAGGUUCUCAUGAGGAAGAAAAGUUACACUGUGAAGACAUCAGUGAAGACACUGUUUUGGUACAAAGCAGCAACCCAACUUCUCUGCCAAGAAGUAGUAGUAUUGACAGAGACUGGGCUAUCACCUUUGAGCAGUUUUUGGCUUCCCUGUUGACUGAACCAGCACUUGUGCGGUACUUUGAUAAACCAGUGUGUAUGAUGGCAAGGCUUACUAAUGCUAAGAAUGUGCGGAUGAUGGGAAAACCCAUAAUAUCAGCAAGUGAUUAUGAAAUCUCUACUAUGUCGGGCUAAAUGGACUGGAUAAGUAGGGUUUUUUAAAAUUCUUUUAGGUUUUUGAAAUAUUUAUUAUAGCCUCUACAGGUCCCGGUGUUCACAAAAUUUAUUAGUUAUUGUUUAUGUAAAUAUGUUGAGAUGUACAGUACAUCUAUUUUAUUUUGAAUUAUUAUAUUUUCUGUUAUGGGAAAUAUCAUUAAAAUGCUUGUCUGAAUCAGUUGAAGGGAAAUCAUUGUUAUUGGUAUACGUAUUGUUAGUCUUGCUAUCCCUGGAUAAAUAGUGAAAAUUUGUCCAGUUCUAAUUUAAUGAACAUUAUGUAUGUUUUUCAGACAGAUCUGAAAUCUAUGAAUAAGGAAGGAACCUGAAUAACUGAGAGCAGUGCAAGCACAGAGUAUGCUGCAGUGUGUCUGCAGAGUUCCUUUAUAAUAUUUCCUUUUAAACUUGGUAGAAUAGCACUGUGUUAGUAUAGCUUUUGUGCAUACGGAGUUGCUUCCCUCCAAAUUAAAUUAAGGGGAAAAUGGACAGGAACUCCAUGUCUGCACUGCAGCUGUUGUGCUUGUACAAAAAUAAGUUAAGAAAGAAAUAGAAAGGGAUGCUGUCAACUUGUUUAGGAUUGAAAAGUAAACUCUUCAGCUUACCUGGCAGGUUUCUCUCCAUAUAAUUUUUUUUAAGAAGGCUUGUUAUUUUUUAAUACUUUUUAAAACAUUCUUCAGGGAUACUGCCAGGAACUUUCUUGAUACCUGUCAACAUCAUGACCUAAACAAUUAACGGUACUCCUUUUUUAAAAAAAUAGACUUUUAAAAAAUUCUGUAGAUAAUUCUGUCUUAUUGAUACUUUAAUCCUAAACAUCAUAAACUUAGUGUACUGUAGAUGACAAAUUCAUAACCAAAUUGCAUAAUCCUUCAUUACAACAGUUAUUAGCAAGAAUGUAACCUGUAAAAUAGCUGCAAGAAAAUGUAAUCAAAUGUUUGAAAAUCUUAAUGAAUGAAAUUGUCACUUUAUUUAUAAUUAACAGAAUGUGUUGAAUGACAAAUGGAGCACCUGCACUUUGAAUUCUUGAUUAUUUUUCAGAACCAUUAGUUGGACACAUCCCAGUAGUAGAGAACAUGCAGUACAAGAAACACAUACCCAAGUAAUGACUGAAUGCCAAUAGAGAUGUGUUCUGCUCUUUGCACCCUGUCUAUUCAAGGAGGAGAAGAAAUAAUGCUUUAAGUAAACCUAUACAAAUACUCUCAAUAUGGGCCCAAUUCCUAUGUUAGGACAGGAUUGUGUCUAGUCUUUUUACACAUUCAUUGGUGACUGAGUAUGAGUAAUUUUUAUCUACUUUGACUUUGCUGUCUUCAAAAAAACCUCAUUUUUCACUUUAUGUAUUGUAUAUUAUUGUAAUUAUCCUUUUUAAAAUUAAAACCUUGAUUUGAUUCUUAUUUAGAGUA